AUGAGAACCAAUUGCAUUAAUGUGAUAAUGAUUGGGAUUGGAAUCCAAGAUUUGGCAGUCAUGGGCAAUGUUGUAUUCUGUAAUAUCAUACACAAACCAGACAACACUACGAGAAUGGUGAUACUGAUGACUAUAGCAUCCGUGAUAGCUGAAGGACCAAUAGGUCUUGCCUAUCUUUUGCAAGGCGUAUCUGGAGAUUCAGAAGGGUUACUACUACUUGGAGGGGAUUUGAUUAGUGUUUUUGAGAUGUUUGUCGCAAUGAAUAGUUUGUCACAUUGUUUGAUCAGCCUUAUCGUGUCUACACCGUAUCAAAAUACUGUGAAAGAUGUUUUCAAGUGUCUUCAGAAAACGAAAAAGAUUGGAAAUAAUGUCACUGUGACCCCAAAGAUAAGUGUGACAACUGUGGCAUCUGUUAGCCAUGUGAUAAUUCGGGAUCGAUAA